GUUCGUGUGGCGGCAAUAGAGGCAAGUGUUACCGGUAGUUCAGGUUGCUCUAAUCAAUUUCCUCCUCUCCACGGGUUCGAAUUCAACCCCUGGUUCUUUCUCAGCUCUUCUUUCUCUCUCGGUCUUUGGAAAAUCUCUGGUAUUGAUUCUCUGUUUCCUUUCCGAUUCCUUUUGGAUCGGACGGCUUGGUUCCUCGAAGAGUCUUAAUAAUUGGUACUGGAGUUGUUUAACAACUUCAACGAAGGAGUGAGCUGAAGAAAGAGGUAGUAGAAUUGAAGUAUUUGCCUUGCAGAAUGAAGGGGUCCAAGGGCAAGAGAACAUCAAAGGUCUCGAAAGAAGCUUUGAAACCAGUGGAUGAUAGAAAGGUUGGGAAGCGAAAGGCUGCUGUCAAGGCCGAUAAGGGAAUCAAACGGCCCACAAAGAAAGAUUUGAAGGCCAAGAAAGAUCCCAACAAACCUAAGAGGCCUUCGAGUGCUUUCUUUGUUUUCCUCGAGGACUUCAGAAAGGAAUACAAAAGGGAAAAUCCUAAUGUGAAGUCUGUGUCUGCAGUCGGAAAAGCUGGAGGACAGAAGUGGAAAUCCUUGAGUCAGUCUGAAAGAGCACCAUAUGAAGCCAAGGCGGCAAAGAGGAAGGCCGAAUAUGAAAAGCUUAUGAAGGCAUAUGACAAGAAGGCUAGCGCAGCAGAAGACGAAGAAUCGGAGAGGUCGAAAUCUGAAGUGAAUGACGAGGAUGAGGCCAGUGAGGAGGAGCAUGAAGAUGAUGACAACACGGAGGAAGAUGAUGACGAUGAGGAAGACGAUGACUAAAUUGAAAGCAUCUUUCUGACAAUUGGAAUGGCCGAUCGAAAUCGAGGGAGGGAUCAGCUCAUGUAUGUUCAUAUGUUUAGAAUUUGCGUGCUUUCUGUUCUUUUGUGUGUGCAAAAUGGGAAAUGUCCUAUGGCACUUCCGAGGUAUCUCUUCGACCACUAGCAUCGCUUUUGUCAUUAUACAUUGUUAAAAUCUUUCUGGGGUGUUCUGGCCUCUUGAUAACCAACAUAAAAUUAUCAAAUACAUCCUUUUGAAAGCUGUACUUAA